CCCUCCUCCCGGGGACGAGGGCUGAGCUCCCCGGCACCCUCUGGCCAGGGGCAGCACGAUGGAGGCGGUCCUGCUCCAUGGGCUGCUGCUCCUGCCCUUGGCAGGGCUGCUGCUGUACAGGUACAACACCACCUUCCACUACUUCUGCACGAUGGCCUUUUUUCACUGCUGGAUCGUGGCCAUGGCCACCCUCCUGUCCCCCUUCGCGGCUCUUCGGGGACGCUCCGUGGAGAACAUGAAGCUCCUGCGCGCUGCCAUCCUGCCCCUCAAACGCUUCUGUGGCAUCAAGAUGCAGGUGUGGGGCACAGAGCACCUGGACCUCGAGGAGCCCUACGUGAUAGUUUGCAACCACCAAGCUUCCCUUGACCUCUUGGGCAUGGUGGAGGUCAUUCCUGAGCGCUGUGUGCCCAUUGCCAAGAAGGAGCUGCUGUACAUGGGCACCGUGGGCUGGGCCUGCUGGCUCAGUGGCAUCAUCUUCAUCGACCGCCACAGAAGAGAAGCUGCCAUCGACGUCAUUUCCCAGACAGCCAGGACCAUGUGGCGAGAAAACCUCCGAGUGUGGGUUUUCCCUGAAGGCACCAGGAACCAGAACAAAUCCAUGCUGCCCUUCAAGCGUGGGGCUUUCCACCUGGCUGUGCAGGCUCAGGUUCCCAUUGUCCCCAUUGUCAUCUCCCCAUACUGGGACUUCUUCAGCUCCAAGGAGAAGAGGUUCACCUCUGGCACGUGCACCAUCCGAAUCCUGCCCAAGGUGGAAACGCAGGGCCUGAGCCCAGAGGACGUCCCCGAGCUGAGCGGGGCUGUCCGUGGGGCCAUGGCCGAUGCCCUCGCGGAGAUGUCCCUGAACCCCCGGGGACAGGGGCAGGGGCAGCCCCCAGUGCCAGCAGGACUCAACUGGGACCACUCAUUAGGCAGAGGGAGCGAGUCCCUCGGGGACACAAGGGAGGUGGCACAGCCAGAGGCUGGGCCAUGCUGUCCCCUUGUCCCCUGA